UUGGGGGAGCAGGGGGAAAUCCCCCGGUGCAGUUUAGCACAGCAAUGGCGGGGGUUGGGGGGAUUCUGAGGAGAGAGGCGGAGCAGAAGCAAGCCACAGAUAGGAGCCUGCAAGAGGCGUUUGCUGACCUCAAUGCGCUCAUGGCCAAGGCGAGCGAGAUGGUGAAAUUGGCAGAGAGAAUGCGACAGAAAGUGCAGCAGCAGCAGCAGCAGCAGCAAGGGGGAUCAACAGCAAGUGGGGAGAUGGCUCCUUCCCCCUCCUCCUCUUCCUCAUCAGCGGUGGCAUCAUCGGAGGAACUUCUAGAUCUGCUGUUACAGAUGGGUAUCGAGUCUCCGGUCACCAAGGAGACAGCGGGGGCGCUCUACCACAGGCAGCUGUCAAGAGAGCUUGCAGACUUCAUUGGUCCAGUGCUGGAGAAGACAGGUGGCACGAUGCUAUUGGUCGACGUGUACUGCAUAUUCAACCGAGCCAGAGGCACAGAGCUCAUCUCACCAGACGAUCUUCUCAAGGCGUGCUCCCUCUGGUCCUCGUUCAACUCCGGGGCGGCUUCGUUGACCUUGCCGAGCCCUGCGAUUCUGCGGCGCUUCGAUAGUGGCAUCCUUGUUGUGCAGCUGAAGACACACAGCGACGAGCAUGUCACACGCAAAAUCCAGGAGAUGGUAUCGACCAAUGAGGCGCUGCGCUUCGGCGUGUCGAUUGCUGACGUGGCACAGGCGCUCGGCGUCUCGCCAGCUGUCGCCAAGGAGGAACUUCUUGCAGCGGAGGGGAAAGGUCUUCUGUGUCGCGACGAUGCUGCGGACGGUCUGCGCUUUUUCCAAAACUUCUUUGCAACGGCUCAGAUCUGAUGUGUCAAACGUUCUGCUACAAAUAGCACCGUGGGAGGGAACCACCUGCAAAUGUAGAUGAGGUGAUGUCCUUGCAAGAAACGAUGGGGGUGCAGGAGUUUGUUUCAGCUUGGAUCUAGUUGAAUGGAUGUUGUGUACAGAAACAACACUUAUGAAGAACGACUUGAAUAGCUGCAAACUCAAAUAACGCGUACAC